CAACAAAUCAAUUGGUUAUUACGAUCAAAAUACGUUGCUUUAUUUCAUUACUAAGUUCCGUAGAUUGUUAUCUAUAAGUGUUUGUGAAAUCUAUAUUUAUUUUUAGUUUCAGGCUAAACAUGAAGAUAAUUGUGUGUAUUGCACUAACAAGCCUGAUCUUAUUUCGAAUUCUUGAAGCCCGAAUCAGCCAUAACCAUAAACGGUUAAUGAAAUUAUUUGAAAGUGAGCAGCGCCUAUUAAAUAAAUUACAAGAACAUAUACAGCGGCUGGAAACAGUUUUUAAGCCAUUGGAAAGGCAGAUGGAAGAGAUUUUGGCGGCCGUGCCCCGUCAAAUCCUCAGAGAACAAUACCUCAGACACCCUCUGAACAACAUCGCCCUGAUCAAACGAUUGGUUAUUGACUGGAAAAACAUUACUCAGGCUGCUGCCAACAUGUCAAUGCCAUCUACAGAUGUGACGUUGCCUGGUAGGGACGACUUACGAGCAGUGAUGAGGAGCUUAGUUAGGCUGCAGCAGGCGUACCAACUGAAAACCGAACAUUUGGCUCAGGGCUUCGUGCAGGGUGACCAGGCAGACGUUCACGUCACAGGUAAGGACUGUCUCCUCAUAGCGAUCCUGUAUUGUCAGCUUGAAGAAACAUGGUUGGCAAGCCAGUGGUUGAAGCAAGCGCUAGUUAAACAUGACAGCACUGUGUAUUCCGCCGAUCUCCUCGAGAUCAAUGUGCUCUUGGAUUGCUUAUCAGGAGAUAUGCCGGGGUUGGUAUAUACACUGAUGGAGCAUUUCCCAGGGUUUGAGUCUUCGCGUCCACUGCUAGACACUUGGAAGGUGAUGCAUGAAAAGAAAGUAGUAAAUUUACGACAGCAAUAUGAAGUGGAUGAGGGAGAUCUGGACAGGUUAGAAUUGUGUCGUGUCGUCACCGGCAGCAACUUGCAGCCUCAACAUGUCCUGUCCUGUCGCUACGUGCACUACAACAAGACGAGACUAAGGCUGGGGCCUUUCCGUGUGGAGGAGUUGCAGCUGGAUCCACCCGUGCUCUUGUUCCACAACAUCAUCAAUGACGCUGAGAUCCGGGAGGUCCAGAGGUGUGCCCACAGUAGGAAGCUUAAAACGAGUAACGUCACUGAAGGAAGUGGGUUGUAUGUAACAUACGACCGUUCCAGCGAGAUGGCCGUCAUACCGCCUGGAGCCUCCAGUGUCUUCGACAGGCUGGACCAGAGGAUGGGCGACAUGAGCAACCUGGUCACGUCUACCUCUGAGAGAACUCAAGUAACCAGGUUCGGGGUGGGAGGAGAAUGCUUGUUUCACCACGAUUUUCGACGUUCUGGAUUCCACUUACGAAAGAACGGGCAGAGAAUAGCGACAUUGACAAUUUAUCUCAACGACGUGGCACGGGGAGGUCAUACCGUGUUCGAGCACUGGGGUCUUUCGUUCCGGCCACAGAAGGGAGCCGCCCUCUUCUGGUUCAACAUCCUCCGUAACGGUAUGCCAGACCACUCCACGGAACACGGAGACUGCCCUGUUCUUACUGGGAGCAAAUGGAUUCUGAAGAAGUGGUUCCGAGAACUUAACAAUGACGUCACUAAAUAUUGUAUGGUUGACCCACAGACGUCGUUUAAGUAUUUUUACGUUUAGAUUGUAUUUUAUCAUCGUUACGUGUAUUAAACAAUGUCAAACUGAGUUUGUAUUUCUCUAAUUUACACUAAGUAAUAUU